UGAGUGGGAGGAAAGUAAAGUAGGCCUCUAUUUUAACCUAGUCAUCAAAAAUCCACUGAUUUCUAUCUAUUUGUUGUUGAAAUUUGUUCAGUUUCCUUCCUUGAGUGUAAUUUCUCUUAAAGCUAAUUUUUCAUUUUUCAUAGUCUUAAGUUAAAGAAAUCGAAAGAGCCAAGAAAUGAUAAGAAUCAAUACAAAGUCUACUCUCAGAAAAAGCUGAGUAUAGUUGGAGACAAUCGGAAAUCACACCACACCAAUCGCCAAGAGACUCCUAAAAGAGUGAUUACUCCUCAAGAUAAUAACUAUUUGUCCGGGAAAAGAAGUGCUCAUAUGAUGAAUCGUCAAUUUGAAGACCAGUUUAUGAUGGACCGUCAGAUCUCUAGUAAGAGGGCUAAAGCUUCCCCAGGAGGAAUUUCCAGCAAGUAUCAACCAUGUGACAGCAAGAGAUCCCAUAGGCCUUCAUAUACCACUCUGGAACACGAAAGAGAGAAAAUAGGCACAAUGCUACAAGAGAUCAUUCUCUUUUUCCAGAAAUAUCCUCGUAAACAACUUGAAUCUUGGGGAGAAGAGCCGCAAGUAUGGAUACACUACAAGAAGUGGACUAAUCUUGAAGAUUUUCUGCUCAAAAUUGAACAGAGAUUCUCAGAGUUUUCAGAUAAAACAUUUUCAUACGUAAGAUCCCAACAGACCAAGGCAAGCCAAGAGCUAAGAAACCUCUGGGAGAAAUUUGAUGAGCAGCUGAAGCAGAAUCAGAGGGAGAUUAAGAGCCUUAAAAUUAAGAACCUCAAAUUUGAAGAAGACUCCCACAAAAUGGUCCAAGACUUAAAAGUCCUAUUUAAUGAGAACAUGAGAGAAUUUGGCAAAGAUCACCAGGACUUUAAUAAAGUUUUAAGCAAUAUGGAACAAAAAGUCAAAGAGAUUAAUAAAAAGCUGGCCAAAGUGGAUGACCCAGCAGAAAUUGACCCUGAGUUUGACUCUCUUGUGGCCAAUGUACUCUCGAUUGCCAAGCAGAAGAAAAAUCAGAAAAAGAAAAGAAUCAAGAAAAAGAUUGGUAAAAAUGAAAGAAGACAUGGAGAGAUCUCAGAGUCUUCAUUGAAUAAAUCACACUCUUUAGGGGGCUGGAAAGACGAUCUAGAUGAUCAACCACCUCCGAAUAAAGAAGAGAUAAAAAUAAUAGAACCUUUUAGAGCCUCUGGAGGCCCAGUCCAAGACCUCUCAAGUCAGAAAAGUGCAGAAUGGAUUGAUGAACUUGAUGAUAUUAGUGAUCAAAUAGAGAUAAACACAGUGGAAAUCCAGGAUUUCUUCCCUGAGAAAUACCAGAUGAUUGAGAACUGUGAAGACAGCCUCGACAAGGUAGCUAUCAAGCAGAUUAUCAAGAUGGAACUCAAAAGGGAGUUGAAAAUGGAAUGUAAUAAAGAACUUAACCAGGAUGGAUCUGGUGACAAUGUUUCACAAGUCAUUCAUUCACCCGAAAAAUCUGUUGGAAAUGAUGAAUGUAUGAUUUUAGACCCUUGUGAUCAGGAUAUGAUCAAGGUUCAUGAUCAUGAUAGUGAAGAGAGGAAGGAAUUGUCGAUUACUACCCCUAGAAAUGAAUUUCUGAACAGUAAAGAGAACCACCUUGGAGCUGUAGGAGAGAAAACUGUGCUCCAACAUACUUUUGAAGAUGAUAAUAACUCACAAAUUUCUGUUGAUUCUCAUUUGUUCAACAGAGAUCCUGAUAGCAAGAUUGGAGGAAGCAAUGCUACUAGUUCUGAAAAUUAUACUCAUAGUAAUUAUGUAAACUCAAACGAAAAGUCCAUCUCACAUAGGGAGAGAUAUACAGAAGGCAGCAGAAUGAACUCUGAAAGAAGUCAUGAUGACAAAGACGAGGCCUUCGUUGAAAUCACCGGCCAAGGUGAAAAUAAAAUCCAAUUCAAAAAGAUCAAUGUUCACUCAAGACCCCUACAAGAGAAGGCUAGUCAAGAAUCUGCUAAGCUUAAGAGCCAGAAGGAAGGAAAUAAAAAUUAUCAGGUUAAUGCUGAGAUUAAAGAUGGUGUCUUGCCAGUGAGUAGAAGCUUGUUGCCUCCAAAACAUUCAAGGAAUAGGAACUCAGACAAUCCUUACUGUAGGCCGAGCCAUAAUGAUCCAACUGAUGUAAACGGGGGUAAGAACAUCGGCAGAGAUCUAGAAGUUAUCAAAGAAAAUCAUAGUGAAUUUAGUAACAGUAAUAGUGUGAUUGAGACUUUCAGGAACAAGCGAAAGUCUAACAUCUCUAGUAGUGGGAAUAACAGCGGUGAUCAGUUGAAUAUCAGAAAUCCUCAAGAGAUGAUCAACGAAGAGGAUGAAGAAGAUAUUGAGAAUGACACAACCAGCUUCCGAGGCUCUUCUAACUUAACUCCAUAUCGAGAAAAUAUUGAUGAUGAUCAAAAUAAGAAAAAGCAGGAUGACUCGGCUAGUAUUUUUAAGUCAAAUUUUGAAACUGAACCUAACGACGAAUACAACUUCUUCCAAUCGAAAGAUCAAGGUGCUUUGGGCAAAAACUGAGAAAAGGAACUUAGUCCAGGAGAUAACUGCAUUUUCAACAGACCUGUAAAUCUGCAUGCUAUAGAGAUGAACAAUAAGUUCACUAGGUCUUCAAGCAUGAGUCCCAAUACAAGAUUACUCAGGAGCUACUCAUCUGAGAUUCCUUCCUAUAUCCUCCAACUUAAGGACAGAAUGGAUAAUGAUGAGGACUCUAUUCAGUACGGGCAGGAUAGCAACUUCAGGCUGGUGAAUAACUCAAAGAUAUCGCAAAAGAGAAAUCCUGACAACUCUUAUUAUUCAAACAAGUACGAUUGGAAGAUCACAAAUGAAGGAAGCCAGCUUAUGAAAAGCCCAUCUAUGUGAUCAAUUACAAUUGAUAACCAUGAAGAAAAGAAAAAGACAGCAGAGUUUGAAGGAGAGGAUCUCAACCCAACUGAGCCUAUUGAGAAAGAAGUCACUAAUCCUGGCUUUGGGUUCAAUAAAAGCAAUGACUUGAACUCUCAGAACUUGACUAAAGAAGAUUCAAGACAAUCUUUUGCUAAAAGAGGAGGAUAUAGAUACUUCGAGAAUCUUCAGUCAUCAUUUGUAUUUCAGAAGUUGAACCUUGGGUCAAAGUAUAUCACUUCAUCAAUAAUGUCUGAUUCGAAUGGUACAUUCCAUAACCCGUUUAACUUGUUGCCUUAUCUAUCAUCUAAACAUGCGAUUCCUCCCCAGACGCUCAUCUAUUACCCAGGGAAUAGCCUUGAGGGAGAAGGAUACACGAAGGAAAAUAGCUCUAUUAAUUGGAACGAACAAUUUAUUGAUGAAAGGAUUAGAGACUCAUUGUACUUGAACCCCAGAACAUUCAUGAAACUAAAGGACGAGAUUAAUGGAAAGUACAACCACACCUUUAUCUCAGGGAUUUACAAUUGUGAAUUUGCCUCUUUCGUUAGAAACGAGAUUACAAUAAACGAGAGGAACAAUUUUAUCCACACCCCUUAUGCUGGAGUUCUAUUCUGCUCUAGCCAAGACUCUCAGAAGUCUCAUAUGAGCUCAGCCUGUCUAACUAGACUUAACCCUACAUCUAAAAUCGGAAGGCUACAGAACCUUCAGAGCAGCAAGGGUAGCGAAGCCACUACCGCCAAGGCUGCUACAAAGUACUUUAUUUCUCAAAAAUAAA